AUGUCACUUGUUAAUGACCUGUCAUUGCUGCUGUUUCGUUCGAUCGCACGGCCACACAUCAUCCUGCCUGCCAGGAAACGUUCGCCUGCAAGCAUCCCCUCGCUAGUCUCACAGUGUCCUUUGAUAUUCCCUAGCAGCAGCCUCGUCCAAACUCAGCAAGUCCCUGGAAGCUUCCCAGCUUUCAAACCCCCUCGGCAGCAUUUCUCAGCCUGGAUCAUGCGUCCGCAUCUCACUUCGCUCAAUUUGGCGCCUGCAAACGAACGCCGAGCAGAUGACGCGGAAGCGCCCUUGUCCAGCGCACCAAACGAGGCUCCCUUGCUCGGCGAUACACCCAACAGCUGA